AUAUCUCAAGUCUCAACAAUUACUACUAUACUGCCGUUCAAGUAAAUAAAUAAAAGUAGCAGUAGACCCCCAAACAUAGGAGCAGUUUAAUUACAGGACAUGACAGCCCGUAUAAAUAACGCAACGCAAAGGGUGACAACGGAGAAUCGCUUUUUCUUGGGACAGAACUCAGUACAGGAGAAUAGAGAAAUUGGGUCGGGAGGGUGGUUAAAGCAGCCUUCUCUCCUUUUCUUUGUCUCAAAACUCAGUAGUGAGUCUUGUCCUCUCUCUCUCUCUCUCUCUCAUGGCGUUCUCUGAUAGCUCUCGAGAAUCUCUCAUCCCAAGCUUCAUUUACUCUUCUUCCUCACUAUCCAAAACCACAUUUCUAAACAAAAUGACCAACAAUUCAAACCCUAGCCUCCUGUCAUCGUCCUUCACACUACUACCUGCAAAUGCAAAUGCAAGUGGAGGAAGAGGGCUAUCAUCUUCAAGAAAUGGGAAUAACUUCCUCAUUCCAGCUCCCGCCGAGCCUCAGCCCGCCAAGGUCAAGUUGUACUCGCCGGCCUACUAUGCUGCCUGUACGGUCGGUGGAAUCCUCAGCUGUGGCCUCACUCACAUGGCCGUCACUCCUCUUGACCUCGUCAAGUGUAAUAUGCAGAUUGACCCUUCAAAGUACAAGAGCAUCUCCUCUGGUUUUGGAGUAUUGCUUAAGGAGCAGGGAUUCAGGGGCUUCUUCAGGGGAUGGGUUCCUACUCUGCUUGGUUACAGUGCUCAGGGUGCCUGCAAGUUUGGAUUCUAUGAAUAUUUUAAAAAGUACUACUCUGACAUCGCUGGACCGGAGUAUGCAUCCAAAUACAAAACUUUGAUCUAUCUGGCUGGCUCUGCAUCUGCAGAGGUGAUUGCGGAUGCUGCUCUUUGCCCCUUUGAGGCAGUGAAGGUUCGGGUUCAAACUCAGCCUGGUUUUGCUGUAGGAAUGGCAGAUGGAUUUCCAAAGUUUGUCAAAUCUGAAGGCAUUCUUGGGUUGUACAAAGGCCUUGUUCCUCUUUGGGGGCGUCAGAUUCCAUAUACAAUGAUGAAGUUUGCUUCUUUUGAGACCAUAGUGGAAAUGCUCUACAAGUAUGCCAUCCCUACACCGAAAAAUGAGUGCAGCAAACCUCUGCAGCUUGGUGUGAGCUUUGCUGGUGGAUAUGUGGCUGGUGUUUUCUGUGCUAUUGUGUCUCAUCCUGCGGACAAUCUUGUUUCUUUCCUCAACAAUGCCAAGGGAGCAACUGUUGGUGAUGUGGUGAAGAAGCUUGGGUUGUGGGGUCUCUUUACCCGAGGGCUUCCUCUUCGUAUUGUCAUGAUUGGAACUCUCACUGGUGCCCAGUGGGGAAUCUAUGAUGCCUUCAAAGUUUUUGUGGGGCUGCCAACCACUGGUGGUGUUGCUCCCGCUGCUGUUCCUGCUGCUACUGAGCUUGCAAAGGUGUAGAACCGAGUUUUUCCUCUUUUUGGAACUUUAGACAGCAGGAUCUAAUUGGAAUUAAUAAACAUAGGAUAACUGAUAUUGCUUGGCUGGCCCUUUAUAGUGAGGGAGUAUUCCUUUGCUUAAGGAGGACUCUAUCCCAAUUUUUGUCUUCCACUAACUUUAAUAUCUUGGGGAAUGGUUUUCUCCUCUUGCCUUU